AUGGAUUCCAAGGUCGCAGGUAAGAGAAGACUCCUCCAACUCAAUGAGUUAGAUGAGUUUAGAUUGUCGGCAUAUGAUAAUGCGCGAACCUACAAGGAGAAGACCAAGAAGUGGCAUGACAAGAGGAUCUUACCAAGAGAGUUUGCACCGGGUGAUAAGGUUCUUCUCUUCAAUUCUAGAUUAAAUAUUUUCCCAGGAAAAUUGAAGUCUAGGUGGUCCGGUCCCUUCACUGUCACAAGGUUGAACAAAUUUGGUUCGGUAGAGUUGGUCAAUGACAAGGGUGAAGAGUUUAAGGUAAAUGGCCAACGAUUGAAAGUGUAUCAUGAGGGCGCUACUAGUACAGAUGUGGAGGAAACCCUCGUAACUCCACUUCCAACCUGA